CAACCAAGACUGCUUCUUUCGGUUUUAGCGAUGAAUUGGCUUAUACUUAACUUCACGACCCUCUUCACACCCUCCUCAUCUCCUCCUCGCGAGCACCAGAUAACACCAUGGCCUUGUCACUUAAUGAGAUAGCUCGUCUGCUUAAAAACUUACAAACCCAAGAAAAUGUUCCGGCGGAUUCUGAAAAGACCGAGUCUCAAGCUCCAAAAAGGCGUCGUCUAUGCAGAGAUGACGGAAGCCAACACUGGGUCUCGCACGAUCCAAACAAGCCAUUGCAAGAAAAACUACCUUCUCCACCUGAAGACCAAGCUGCUCCUACUGGUGAGACAAACUUUUUCGAUAUACUUGAAACUCUGAUUCGUGCGGCAGGAGUCCAAUCAGAAGAAAGAUCAAAAGCCUUGAGCCAAAGCCAAGAGGAGCUUGCCAUUGCCAACAAGAGAAUUGCUGACUUAACCAAACAACUGGAUUAUGCUCGCGAAGAAUGCGAUAGCCACUACGCUAAACUGAAUCUGACAUCGAAGGAUUACGAAAAGUGUAGGAACAGGAGCCAUCAGGAUAAACUAGAGUGGGAAGCCCAAGAAAAGGAUCUGAAACGGGAGAAGUCCCAACUCUCAUCUGCUCUGGAAGAAGCCAAAGACGAAAUUGCUCGCUACUUUAUGGAUGGCUUUCAAGGAGCCAUUGAGCAGGCUAGUAUUUUAUUUCCCAACACGGACUUCUCUGCACUAGACCCCUUGAAAAUAGUAGUAGAUGGCAAAAUUGUAUCUGAGUAGAAAAAUGUUUAAGUACAAUCAGGAAUUGGGAACAAAAGUUUGUUUUGCCUUGAUCUUUCUUUACUUUUGGAACAUGUAAA